AUGGGUAGGCCUAGGUUGGAACCUGAUUUGCAUAAUUGGUCAAGAACUAAAAGAGAAUGUAGAGGUGGUAGAAGGGCUGGUGUAGGAAGAAGUAGAGGUGGUGGUAGGGGAUCUAGUGGAAGAGGAAAUAUAGGUAGUGGUAGGGGAUCUGAAGAGAUCAUGGACUGUCUUGGACCCAAUGAAGCAGAAUUACAACAAAUUAAAGGUCUUGGAUUGAGUGAACCAGAAUUACGACAAAUUGAAGGUCUUGGAUUGAGUAAAGCAGAAGAUGUUGGAAUUGCUAGCCAAAUAACAAUUGAAGAACUCCCUACAACUCAAGCACUUGGAGAUGAGGAAAGGAUGAAUGAGGAUGAUGACUAG